GCCAGCCCCGGCCUGACCCCCUCCUUUCCUCCCCUCCCGCCAGCAUGGCCCGCACCAUCCAAAAGCACCAGCACCUGCUCGCGCUCCUGGAGAGCCUGGAGACUGGGAAGCCCAUUGGGGAGGCCCGGGCCCGGGCCCUGCCCCUGGUCAUCCGACAUUUCUACCAUCACGCUGGCUGGGCCCAGCUCAUGGGUACUGAGCUGCGGGACUGGAAAUCCCUGGGUGUGGUCGCUUGUGUGGUUACCUGGAAUUCCCCCUUGCUGCUGCUGGCCUGGAAAAUCUGCCCAGCUCUGGCUAUGGGGAACACGGUGGUUCUCCUCCCACCCCCCCACGCCCGGCUCUCUGCCCUGCUGCUGGCCGAGCUGGGGGCCCAGGCUGGGCUGCCCCCCGGGGUGCUGCAGGUGCUGACGGGGGAGGAGGCGCUGGCUCUCUGUGGGCUCUGA